AUGGCGCCUCCCACCACGAUCGACUCGUUACCCAACGAGAUCCUCAUGCAAAUCCUCGACACCUUCCCCACUCGCUCGCUGCUGCCUCUGGCUGCGGUCAGCCAGCGCUUCAACGCGCAUGUUGCUGCCGUUCACUACACUCGACUCGUCGAGGCCGCUACUCUCAGGGACCAUGAGCUCAUCCUCGAAUGCUACCACCCCAGCGCUAAGAUCUCAACGCCAUACUUGCACUGCGAGUACUUGGGCACGGACGGAAUCGCCGAGACAGGUCUGGAUCCCACCUUGCGAGGCUUGAACGAUCUGUACUCGCGAUUCCGUCCCGUCUCAAGCUCGCAGAGCAGACGGCCGCGAGCAAGGUACCCGACCAAACGUGCGAUAGAGAGCGCAAAAGAGCCACUGGCUGAGGAGGCGCCGUCACACGACGUCUUCCUCGACUCUGGCGAGCUCUUCUCUCAACUCUGCACGGUGACCAACUUGGUUAAGGUCGGGCCGAGGCGUGGUCUAUUUCUUAGUCACGCCAACAUCACCGAUGGUGUCAUUCGAGUGUGGCGCGAUUGGCUUCUGAGAGAAGCGGCGAAAACCGCAGACGGGACGCAGCGGGUGAGUAUGGGUGCGGAUGAUUCGUCCAUUCUGUGGGCCGAUUCAUCGAAGAACGUCGGGUUGAAAGUCCGGGUUGUUGAACAGACUGACAUGCACGCACCCGUGCUUGUGGGACCCGAAGAUGACCCGCCCCUGUCAUACACCCUGGUGUACGAGGAACUCUUGAUCCGCACAAAUCAAGUGCUUCUCCAUAUGGAGAAGUCGGAGGCUCAACAAGUCACACACGCAGGUAAAGCAGUCGUGAUCGCAUCCAUGUGA